UGUGUUGUAUCUGUACCCUACACCAUUGUCCUAUCCAAUUUAAGACCUUUCAACAACCAAGCAUCUCUUUCACAAACCCAAAAACAACAAGCCUCCAAACACAAACAACAAUGUCCCAACCCAGAUUCACUUCCACAAUCUUCCUCUCUCUUACCCUUCUCCUCUUUCACACCCAUUUCCAAAUCUGCACUUCCUUGUUAUCAACCACUGUUAACCUCAGUGUGUUGAAGCACUCUGAAACCGAUGCGGUAAUCACAAAGAGGGUCAGCACCAAAAGCAUUGGAGAUUGUUUAACUGAGACUGAGCUAAUGGAUUCAGAGUCAAAUAGAAGAGUUUUGGCAAUGCAGAAAAAGUACAUAAGCUAUGAUACUUUGAAGAGAGACAAGGUUCCUUGUGAUAGAGCUGGUGCUUCCUAUUAUAACUGUCAUCCAAGACAAGCUAAUCCUUAUAAUAGAGGUUGUGAGGUUAUUACUGCAUGUGCAAGAGGUUCUUGAAAAUCAUGAUUUGAUGAUUUUGAAUGGAAAAUAGAUUAAGGAAAGUCCCUUUUUUCUUUCCUUUGUUUUCCCUAAUUUAAUCCUUUUUGUUGUUGUUUUGCUUAUGAACUUUCCUAUGUAGCUAAUAAGAUAAGAUUAGGAUUUGAUAUCCUUUCUGUUUAUUGUAUUAUAUCACAUUAUGAAUGACUAGUGUAUCUAUGAAAAUAUCUUAUUCAGUGUUUAGUGGCA